UUAGAUGAUAAAUGAUUGUGAUAAUAUUGAUAAUUGUAGAUAAUCACACAUUUUUUAUUUAAAUGUAUCUUAGUAGUUAAUUGGCUCUAAAUUGCUAUAUACAAAAUGUUGAAGUUAACUGCUCUUUUAAUAGUUUAUUUAUUCACUGAUGCCGCCACAGACUCAGUUUCAAGAAUAGCUGGUGGAGGCGUCGCUACCAUCAAUGAGUAUCCAUUCUCUGCAGCCCUACUGACCAAUAGAGGCUCGGGGGCUUACGUCCAGACUUGUGGAGGGUCCAUCAUCACAGCCAACGCGAUUUUGUCAGCCGCAUCAUGCUUUCACGUGAAUGGAGUUUUAAAUCCUGCCACCUGGUGGCGAGCUAGGGUUGGUUCCACCAAUGCGAACUCGGGAGGUACGAUCUACAUCAUCAAUCGCAUCACAGCUCACGAGAACUUCUCGCCCACAACCUAUGUCAACGAUAUCGCAGUGUUGAGAACCAACCUUUACAUUGGUCUUACGCCGAAUUUGACUGCUGUUGCUAACAUCGCUGGCGGUGGCUACACGUAUGGUGUCAAUCAAGAAGUCUUUGCUAUCGGAUGGGGAGUUACUUCUAACAGCAACCCGACGCCAUCCGAGCAGCUGCAGGUAGCCCAGGUGUGGCUGAUCAACCAGCAGACCUGUCAGAACAGGCAUUCAGACACAGGGUUCACGGUGAACGACAACAUGAUCUGCGCCGGCUGGCUCGAUGUCGGCGUGAGAGGACAAUGCGCGGGUGACGUAGGCAGCCCACUCCUGGACAGCAAUGGAGCCGUCAUCGGCGUGUUCUCCCGAGCUCAAGGCUGCGCCGACCUGUUCUACCCUGAUAUCAACACCCGCGUCUCUGCCUACACUAGGUGGAUCAUUGCAGCGGCCCUCGCUUAAUUAACUUGUUAAUAAACUUUAUUAUAUUCUUAA